GACGUCUCUUUAAGAUCUUUCUUGACUGUCCGCGACCAUGGCUAGGAAAAGAUUUCCACCUAAUGACCAGGGCAGAGUUACCAUGCAAAGGCUCGCGUCUCGUAUCUGCCCAGUUUGAAGCGAAAACGGAUAUUUAAUACGACGAAUGCUGGUUUGACGGCUCAAGCGAGAGAAAAAAGACUCUGGUGCUGAUCAUUCACGUACUUUUACGCGGGACUCGCGAUGCCGAAAUGACGCACCUUGAGUUGUUUUAGUUGCAGCUUUUUUCUUUUACAUUUUACGCGUGGUAUAAUGCCACGAGAUUCAAGUGCCUUAUUUACACAUUUCUUUGUUUUUUGGGUGGAAUAUUUGCGUCAUUUGUUAAAAGAGAAGUUGCAUCGGUGAGAGGAAACGGAUUUUUAAACCAGCGGUUACGUUAGUUUGUUUUUCUUUUAGAAGUAGCUGCGCCUCACUCGCGCUCCGUCGAUGACUCUUGACAACCUAAAACAUUCCGCGAUACUCACAACCUUAUUUAAAAUGGCUGACGAUUAUGAUUUAAUAGGUGCUUCGGAGUUUAUUAAAGAUCGACUCUAUUUUGCAACCUUAAGGAGUAAGCCGAAAAGCACUGCAAAUACGCAUUACUUUAGCACGGAUGAGGAGUUUGUGUACGAAAACUUUUAUGCUGAUUUUGGACCCCUCAACCUUGCAAUGCUGUACAGAUACUGCUGUAAACUCAGCAAAAAGCUCAAGUCAUUUACACUGACCAGAAAGAGGAUUGUUCACUACACCAGCUUUGACCAGCGCAAAAGGGCUAACGCUGCUGUGCUUAUCGGUGCUUAUGCUGUUAUUUACCUGAAGAAAACACCAGAGGAAGCCUACAGAGCACUGAUUUCAGGCUCCAAUGCCUCAUAUCUUCCCUUCAGGGAUGCUUCAUUUGGGAAUUGCACAUACAAUCUGACGGUUCUUGACUCCUUGCAAGGCAUUAGGAAGGCCCUUCAGCACGGAUUCUUGAACUUCGAGACGUUCGACGUGAAUGAGUAUGAGCAUUAUGAGCGUGUCGAGAAUGGAGAUCUGAACUGGAUUGUCCCGGGCAAACUUCUUGCUUUCAGCGGUCCACAUCCGAAAAGUAAAAUUGAGAAUGGUUAUCCUCUGCAUGCCCCCGAAGCUUAUUUUCCAUAUUUCCGCAAGCACAACAUCACCACCAUAGUGCGCCUCAACAAGAAGAUCUACGAAUCCAAGCGCUUCACAGAUGCUGGUUUCGACCAUUACGAUCUGUUCUUCGUGGACGGAAGCACACCCAGUGACGUCAUCACCCGCCGCUUCCUGCACAUUUGCGAGAGCACAGAUGGAGCGGUGGCCGUGCACUGCAAGGCGGGUUUAGGCCGGACGGGGACUCUGAUUGGCUGCUACCUAAUGAAGCACUACCGUUUCACAGCUGCUGAAGCCAUCGCUUGGAUCCGUGUCUGCAGACCCGGCUCUGUUAUUGGACCCCAGCAGCAUUACCUAGAAGAGAAGCAGGCGAGUCUCUGGGCUCAUGGAGACAUUCACCGGUCCAAGCAGCGGCAGUAUGAGGACAGAUCCGUGCCUCACCUUAUCUCUAGUAUUGACAACCUCUCCAUCAGCACCUCCAUCUUUAAAUCCCACAGCUUGGACCGUAUGGAGGAGAAUGAUUACACUGAGAACGAUCUCGGUAUGACACAAGGAGACAAACUGCGUGCCUUAAAGGGUCGACGGCAGCCGAGGUCUGCAACUGCUGGAGCCAUAAGACUCGAGGACAUGAAGAUGCACACCAAGUCUCCAUCUCAGCCUCUCGGCCGCAUGAAACCCACAGCCACUGUCCAGGGUUCCAUCUCCCCCCUAAAAUCCUCCAAAGUCCCACCAUCCUCCUCCGUCUCCGUCUCAGCCUCUGCCAAGCGCAUUGGUCGCUCUUCAUCUUCAUCAACCAACCUCAAGAGCACCAGGUUAGCCAGCUCUUUGGGCAACCUGUACGAACCAAAUGGCGAAGCAAACGGCUCUGGGAAACCACCUUCCCCUUCCUCGUUCACUUCCCACCCCGUCCGCACGGGCUACAGCAGCCCGAUCGCCCCACACAAUUACCACUACGAGGUCAACAACAACAACAAUCAGUAUAACACCACCAGCACCCCGAACACCAACGGGGUGAGCCCGAGCAGCGGGGCAAAAAGUGUGACCUACAACCUCAACCACACCGGCUUGAGCGGACCUUCCACCAAUGGAAGGCUGGGGGCCAGUGAACAGGGGCACCACAGAAGCCCCGCGACAGGGCUGAGCGGGCUCUCUGCACGCUACCUCAGCCGGUCCAUUCCCUCCCUUCAGUCUGAGUAUGUUCAGUACUAAAGCCGCCACUUUCCGCUAACCCCCGUCCCGCUCUGCUCGCCUGGUUCCGACUCAUGACGCCUUCACUGUGACCACCAAUUCGAUGGCUUCUUGUCGCAAAGGGGAACGAGGCCGAACGGAGAUGCUUUUGAAACCGAACGGCUCAUGGUAAUGAUAUGUCCUGCUAUGACAGACUGAUCUGGAAUCUGCUGCAUGCUGUUAAAAAAACACGAACUUGCCUUGGCCAUCCUUUCAAACCAUCUCUUCUUUUUUUUAUUAUUAUUAUUUUUUUUUUUAGAUACUCUCCUUGUAUGAAUAUACAUAAUUGUACUGAAAAAUAUUUUUAGAUGAAGAAUUUUGUACUUUUGUUUGGUCCUGUUUUAUCUAUGAUUCUUAUGCUCAGCGACAAGUUUCGUUGGAUAUAUUUGUGUCUUUGGAUUAGGGAAUUUGUUCUGACGUAAAUAUCACGUUUUUGUCUCCUGAGUGUACUUACUGAGUAACAUAUCAAGUGCGAGGGCUAUAUUUGAAAGGUGCAAAAUGGUUCGCCAGCCACGUGUCGUCUUCAAAGGGAUUUUUGGCCAGCGAAAGGGAUAAAGAGUGUGUGUUUUCUUUAUUUGGGGUCUAAGGUUGGCUUGUCUCCAAGCAACGGCGGACGGCUAAUGAGACAACAACCAAUUUGCAAGCAAACUUAUUUUUCUUUGGAAAAUGAAGGGCUUUGUUUGUUCAGUAUGAGAAACAGGAUGGACUCCUUGUCUUUUUUUUUCCCAUUGUGACAUCAUAAUGUGUGUUAUUAUUAUCAAACUAAUUGAGAUCUGAGCUCUCACUGUUUUCAAGGGCUGUUGAAAACACAAGCACCGACACUUCAUCUUUCACCAGCACCUCUGAAAUAUAAUAAUAUCUCAGUAUAUACGAGUGAGUUACGAGUUUCUGGCUGCUGGUUUUAACAUGCACCAUUUUUGCAUGAAGUAGCGCAAACCGCUUAAAAUAUAUAUUAUUAACGAUAAUAACGAAUACUCACUCGCAAGUUGCAACUUUCUAUUAUAAUAGAGGAGCUUAUGGGCGAUGAUAUGUAUAACAAAAACCUUUAUGUUAUUGCACAUAAUGAAUGUACAAACUAAUCCAGAAAUGUAUCCAUCAAGGGUUGUGUCUAUUAAUUCAGUUAUUUUAGGAUGUUUACAAUCAAGUGCAAAUUAUUUAUCGUACAGUGUUCUUAUAGGUUUACCAGCAGGGUUUAAGCUAAAACCUUUUGAUUAUUUACACAAAAAUGAUAAUACGGUCAUCUCAUGACGUUCCAAACUUGACUUUAUUUCUUCCGUGAAACACAAAAUAUGAUUUUUUUUGCUCAAUGCACAGAGCUCUUUUCAAGGACUAGGCAAAACACCAUAAAAGUGGUAAUUAUGAAGUCAUACGAUCGCUUUGUGUCAUUAUAAUAAAUUAUAAGCCUUCUCUUCUGCCGAAACGGUCAAAUCUCAUUCAGUUCAAGAGUUCCUCGUGAAAACGUGUUGCUCCAGAUUUUAUGGAAAUUAGAUAAAACGUUUACAAUCAUGAUGUCAGAUCUGACGUGACAGUUAGUGAAUGACAUUUAAGAGCUUCAGUAAAGAGGCAGCUUUUCUACAAAUUAUGAUUAUUUUGGUUUGUAAACAUGCUUUCUGUAAACUUUGGUAUCGUAUUUCUUCUGACUACUUUUUAUGGUGUACUUUUAGACCUCAAAAUGCCCACAUUUUCAUUUAACGGAAAAGAGCGGCUUGAACAUUCUGCCGAAUAUCAUCUUUUUUGUUCCACAGAGGAAAGUAAAUAGUACAGGUUGAUGAUAAAUGAUAACAAUUUUAAUUUGGUGUUAAACUAAACCCAUAUGUUUCUAUUUGAACAAAUACUUCAGUACAAGCUUAUGCAAUUAUAACUUGAUUGACUGUUGUGUAUAUGUAUCUUUUAGCCCUCUACAUUCCAGAUGGUGUUAUGUGUAUAUACUUUUGGGAGAAUCUUUUUUGAUUGAAGUAUUCUACCUCUUUGACAUAUACAUGAUAUAACUACUCUUGCUUAUGAAAAAAAGUAUAUAUAUAUAUUUUUGGAGCAGUGUGUAAAGAAAAUUUAACAAUGUUAGAGCAGUGUUUGCUAUUCACGAACAUACUAAAUGGACAUUAAAAUACAAUUUAGUGGGUUGUACAUUAUUCUUUUACAAUGUAAACACGACUUCGAAGACCAAAAUAAAACAUUAAUUUUGCUUUA